CCGCAUUCGCAGGCAGAGGCUUGAUGAAACGCAAGGAGCUGCUGGCGGCAUGUGAGUCGCUGGUCAAGUCAUACGACCCGGCCAUCGUCACGGUGGACGCGCACGUGGACGAGGCGCUCAAGGGCUAUGCGGACGCCGAUCGAUUGUUUCUGCACCAAGUCCUGUACGGAUGUGUUCGAUACAAGGACGUGCUCAAGGUCGUGUUGUCCAACUUUUACCAGGACAAUUCGGCCAAGUGCAGCCGCAACGAUUACACCAAGUUCCUGAUCAUGGGGUACCUGGCCCUCUUCCGGCUGGACGAGAUCGGCAUGGCCGGGUUUCACGGGUUCGUGUCGACGCACAACCCCACGGCGAUGCACGUGUUCCUGGCGUAUCUUUUCGACGACGCGAUCCUCCACGGCCCAGUCAAAGCCGAGUGGUUGCGGCUCUUGGAUCAAGAGUUUGUUGAGACGCAACUGAUUGCGAAACUCGAAAAACAUCGCCCCGAAAUCGACCAAGUGCUAGGCCAUUUGCAUGCCAAGGCGUUUGGCAUGGCUGCGGCGAGGGAAAGUCUCAAACAGAGCGGGGGGGUCGUCCGGGUCGCCAGCAAACAGCCGACGGUGCCAGUGGCCCCCAAUAUCACAAAACCCAAGCCAAGGGCAAUUCCAGAACCCACACGGAUUCCACUUGAAACCAAAGCCCAUCCCGUGCCAGACUUGAACAAACUGACCUUGGCCGACAUCCAAGACCACCAGAAGCACCGUCGUGACGCCAUGAAGGAGCAGGUAUUGAAAAAGUAUCAAGAGUCAGUGGCACAGCCAUUUCAGCUGGAAGAAACAAGGAGCAACCUCGAAGCCAUCAAACAAGAGGUCGAAGCGCAGCGGAUGGCCGAAGUGAACCGCAAGUUCAAAGCCAAACCCGCGCCAACGUUUAGCGACAAGGAUGCCCCCGUGAAACUCAACACGGCUGCGAUCUUGCGCGAAGACGCACUGUACAAGAAAAAGCAAGAAAAGGAGGCCAAGUUGAUCCAAGCGUACGAGUCCGACUUGCGGGACGCGUCGGAAUUCUACCGAUGGCAAAGUGACAUGAUAAAAAAGGACGACGCCGCCCACCGCGCGCAAGUCGAGACCCGGCGCUUGGAAAUGGUCCAAGCCCAGCAUGAAGCGAUUGAAGCCAGCCUUCGCGCCAAGGUAGAAAAUCGUGACGUGGCCAAUCAAAUGAAGCUCGUGUCCAAAGAGAACGACGAGCGGCGUCGAUUGGAAGAGAUGGCCAUCGACGAUUCGAACCGACAAGGGGCACUGGAGAUCAAACUGACGCGAGAAGUCGCGCCCCGGGAGGCCGAAGAGCGCGUCAAGAGCGAUAACCACCGGAAACGAGAAGCAGUCAACGCGAUGCUGGAGACGGAGCGGGCGCGCAAGGCCGCGCAGGACGCCAUCGAUCAAGCGCAGCGGGAGGACCUGAUCCGACAGAUCCGGGCAUUGGAUCGGGUGCACCGGGAACACGUCGCGAUCUUUGACCCGACCGAGAGUGCAAACUUGGGGCUGUUGGACGAAAUGUCGCUGGUCGAGCUGCGUGAACGGCUGCAGCUGCGCAAAGUGGAGGAAGCCGAGCUGGAGGCGCAGCGGCGGGAGCUAAUUCUGCAGGAGAAGAAGGAGCGGGAGGCAGAUUUGAAGUCGCGAGUGAGCAAUAUCAGCCGCAUUCGACAAUUGGCGGCGUCGGCCAAUCGCACGUCCCGAGAUCGUCGCAAACAGUUGGAGCAGGACAAGCGCGACCAAGACAAACACAUGCGGGAUCAAGGUACUACUACUGUACUACUACUAUUCGACCCGAAUUUGAAGUUGACACGUCUGGAACUGCCCAAAAAUCACCACAACCAACGGUAAUGACGAUAUAGGCAAUUUGAAGCUGGCCCAAAAGAUGGCGGCACAGCGGGCGGACCGAGACGCAGAGUUUCAACGCUUAAAAGAAGAGGGCGAGUUGGUAGCGAACAAGCGCAUGUUCCUUGGGGCGGCCAAGAACAUGCUGGAAGUGCGGCACUUUAUGCAGCAGACGAUGGGCGCGGAGAGGCAGGCGUCGAAUCGCCAGAACGCCGUGCAAACGGAAGCGCGAGUGGAAUCCCAGACCAAGCACAUGGACACGAAGAUUCGACAGACGUAUCGACACAAGCAAGCGAUGCAGCACGAAGCCUCGAUGCGCGAGAACGACGCCGCUUUGGACAAGGCCAUGGGCGAGACCAAGCAGCGGCUGCGGCAUGACAAGGACAUGCGGAAGGCCGUGGUACACCACGAACAGGCUCGGCGGGGCCACGCGGCCGAGAUCCUGCAACAUCGAAACAUGUACGCGACGCAAGUGUCGGCGGCUGACGUGGCGAAUGGCCGGACGUUUCGAGCAGCCGCAGCGUCCAAUCAAGAGGGCCAGUCGUAGAAUGUAACGAUAAAACGAGUCGUUUGGAAAACACUUUAUACCGGU